AUGGGGGUCCGCAUGGCCAUUCUCCUCCUAUUCCUCAUCGAAGCCGCGUUGACGUCGGCGGACAGGCGUGCCGUGGACCUGCAGCGGGAGAAAGCCACUCUGCUGGCUCUGAAGCAGGGGCUCACGCUGCCGUCGGCGGCGGCCUUGGCGGACUGGAACGAGUCCAACAGUAACGUCUGCGGCUUCACCGGCGUCACCUGUGACUGGCGGCGGGAGCACGUUGUUGGGCUCUCUCUCGCCAAGAUGGGCAUCCGUGGCGCUAUUCCACCGGUCAUUGGCGAGCUCUCGCACCUCCGGAUCCUCGACUUGUCCAAAAACAACAUCUCUGGCCAGGUACCGACGUCCGUCGGCAACCUCACGCGACUGGAGAGCCUCUUCAUGAACAACAACGGCAUCUCCGGCAGCAUCCCUUCAAUCUUCAGCGACCUCUUACCACUCCGGACGAGGCUCCGGCAACUCGACUUCUCCAACAAUCACAUCUCCGGUGCCCUUCCGCUGGACCUCGGCAGAUUUGGGCACCUCCAAAGCCUUAACGUCUCAGGCAACAACAUCUCCGGCACCGUCCCUCCGUCCAUCGGCAACCUGACUCUCCUAGAGCACUUCUACAUGCAUGACAACAUCAUCUCUGGAGAAAUACCUCUGGCCAUCUGCAACCUAACAAGCCUCAAGGAUCUGGAAAUGUCCGUCAACCAUCUGACGGGGCAGAUUCUAGCCGAGCUCUCCAACCUCGUACGGCUCCGGACACUCGGCGUCUCCUACAAUCGCAUCUCCGGUGCCAUUCCGCCGUCCCUCGGCAGCCUUGUGCAGCUCCAAAGCCUCGACGUCUCCGGCAAUUACAUCUCCGGCACCGUCCCUCCGUCCAUCGGCAACCUGACUCGCCUUGAGUACCUCAACAUGCAAAACAACUUCAUCUCUGGAGAGAUCCCUCUGGCCAUCUGCAACCUAACAAGCCUUCGGGUUCUCGAAGCGUCCGUCAACAACCUCACGGGGCAGAUUCCAGCUGAGCUCUCCAACCUCCGGAACAUUGGAGCCAUUGACCUCGGCAGUAACCAACUCCAUGGAGGAAUACCACCUUCCCUUUCCGAGCUGACGGACAUGUUCUAUCUCGGACUCCGGCAAAACAACCUGUCCGGGAACAUCCCGCCAGCUAUCUUUCUCAACUGCACAGGGUUGGGCCUCGUCGACGUCGGCGAUAAUAGUCUUUCUGGCGAGAUCCCCCGCGCCAUCUCGAGCACCACCAAGUGCCAGUUCGUCGUCAUCAACCUCGACUCCAACAAGCUCGAAGGGACGCUUCCACGGUGGAUCGCCAACUGCACCAAUCUGAUGACGCUAGAUGUGGAGGACAACUUGCUGAACGACGAGCUGCCUACGAGUAUCAUCUCGGGCAAGAAGAAGUUAAUGUACCUGCUUUUGUCUAACAACCGUUUCCGGAGCCACGACGACAACAACCUGGAACCAUUCUUCGCAGCACUGUCUAACUGCACGAGCUUACGGGAUGCAGGGGGGAUGGGGGAACAUGUGUCGAGCUGGCCCAUGUCCGAGCCCUUUUUGCCGAGCUGGCUCAUAUCGGAGCUCGCAUCCCUUGGCCUGCUGCGUAUCGUGCUGUCCAACAACGCCCUGAAGGGCGAGAUCCCGCCGUCCAUUGGCAACUUCACGAACCUCGGUGAGCUCGACCUUUCAGGCAACAUGCUCUCAGGGAGCAUCCCGAGCAGCAUCGAGAGCCUUGCCGAGCUCCGUGUUCUCUCGCUGCAGAGGAACCGACUGUCGGGGCAGAUACCAGUAGCGAGCCUUGGUCGCUGCACCAAACUGAUUCGCCUUGACCUCUCGAGCAACCGCUUCAACGGCACCUUAUAUUAA